AUUUCAGCCAAUUUGUUCAGUCGAGAAUUUACAUUGGGAUCGAAAAUCAUCAAAACCUGACAAGAAAAAAAAAAUGUUUACCUGCUUGCUGACACUGACAGUGUGACAGACAUCAAUUCUUUGCACCUGCCAUGAAGGGCUUUCAACAAUGGUGGAUGACGGAUCACCAAAGAUUUAUAUGUGGAAUUUUCAGAACUGGAAAUCAAUACCUCUUUACUUAUACUAUUGUCAUGAGAUAAUUUAAUCAGUUCGUCAUGUCUCUCAGAGUCCAUCUUCUCUUCAAUCUUCCACAAUACCCUAUAACAGGGGUGUCGAUUUUCCUCAUCUUUAUAGGAGUUUGUAGCAUUGCAGCCUCAGUAUUUGGCUUCAUUGAAGCAAUAUGGGGCAGUUAUUUCGCAACAGGUGCGUGGGGAGGAGGCGUGGCUAUUAUAACUGGACUAUAUGGAGCAGGAGCGGCACACAGCAAAGGUGUGUGUAGUGUCACAUCUUUCGCUGUUAUGGCUUACUUUUGUUGUUUGGUGUCCAUUAGUCAAGGUGUGAUGUCAGCAGCUGGUUUGGAGUUUGAUAGUGGAUUUUACUCCAACAGUCAACUGUAUAAAGACAUCAAUGAGGGUAAUACAAAGUUGAUUCAUUCCAUUCUUUUGGGAACCGCAGGGUUGCAAUUCAUCCUUGCAUUGAUUCUGGCACUGAUGUGUACCAGGCACAUAUGUAUCGGACGCAAACGAGAAAAAGCUAAUCAAAAAAAUGUACUUUACGGUUCUAGUCCUUUUCAGCGUGGAAAUGAAAGAGCUAGCUCUUCCAGCCAAGCUCCUCUGGUUUCAGGGAGAAAAAAACCGAAGAAAAAAAGAAAGAAAAGCAAUACAAGAGAACACAGUACACACAAUCCUAAUCAUACACUGACCACUUGUGACCACCAUCAGACUUUUACAGACUCUGAACCGAGAGUGAGGGGACGUCGAUUUGGAAACAUGCCUGUUGCUGGAGCCAAUGUUGUUGAAGCACAAAAUUUUAGUAGAUGUAAUAGUCGAAAUUCUUCAAUGCGUGGUCACAGAUCAAUAACAAACGCUAAUGACUCGACGAGGUCUUCAAGACGCAGACAAAGACCCCCUUUACCACAGUUACAGGGCUCCCGCUAUGACCGAGAGACACAAGGAUUACUGACGCAAGUUCAGAAUAAGUUAGCUCUGGAGUCUGGUGAUACAAGUUUCAUUGAUGCUCCUUCUCAUGAAGUUAUGAUGGUCCCAAGAGCCUCGGUGUCGGAGUUUGACUUAUUGGAGGUUACAGCACAGACCAGUAGACCUCGUGAUCCAUCACCCAGUUUCAUCCCCAUGACGGAUACUUUUAAUCAACCAUUAUCUAUUGAAGAUGAUGAUGAACUGCCACCAUAUGAAGAAAGGUCACAUUUUCCUGAGUCUGUGAGCAGAAACGACUUAGAUGAAGAGAUCAACAAUCUUUUUAAUUUUGACAGGCAGAGUGAUACACUAACUUUUAAUUCUGAUAUAAAUUCAUCCUCCACAUUUAGAUCUGAUGAAAGGCAGACAAAUAUAGGAAAUGCAAGACCAGUUUCAUACUUUGAUGAACCUCGAGCUCCAUUGAAGAGAGAGAGAAGUCACACACUAGGAAGUAUUCCUAUAUCACCAAACUACUCACUUGAUCCAGAGAGAGAAAAAAUCAUGCCAGAUUAUUUCUUGAAAGAUCAGGAUCCUCAAGGUGUAUCCUAUUGUGAGUUUUCAAGAGAAAGGGAUACCCUUGUUGAUGACAGGAAACGGAGGCAUAAUGGUGACUCUAAUGUGUCUAAAUACAGUGUGGAAAGAGCGUUACAAAGGGAAAAUUCAUUAAAGAAUACAAAAAAACCCUUAGAAGAAAUGAGAUCUAAGAAUAAUGAUUUCUGUUACUCAAAACCUUUUUUCCCAGCAAGUGAAGUUGAUCCUCGUCGUCUUUCUAAGGCUUCUACUGUUUCUUUGCCUGCAGGAUUUGCUCCACCAAAACCACCAAGAAUAUUUACUGUGGAAAUGAGCUCUUUGCAAUCACCACUAAGUGAAAGUCAAGAAAUGGCAAAACCUGUUGAAAGAAAACCAGAUAAUGCAUUAAACAUUGACUUGAGUCAAGUUGUACUCCGGAGGAAAAAACCUAGUGCUCAACCUUCUUAUGAAAAUACAAGAAAACAACCAUUUUCACAUGGUGGAUUAAAUUCACAGGAACAAAAAGGACCCCAAGUACCAGAGUCAGGAACAAAGACAGAGACACAACUGCCACUGUCCAUUAAAACAUCUCAGGCUGAAGAUCCUUUCUCUACGUUUUCCAAUACAAAACCAUAUGCACAGUCCUCUCCAAAACUGAAAACAUUUGAGCAGCUAACACUACCAACAAUAUCACCCAGCAUAUCACCUAUUCCAAGCUCUAGUGACCCAGCAAAGAACGAGGAGAGUUCAUUUUCAGAAAAUGUGGUCAAAAAUGGUGGUUUGUCGGAAGACAGAAAUGUGAUUAAAUCAACUGCAAAGAAAAGAGCAAAAUUAGAUGUGAGGAGAAAAGAUCCCCAUCCGUUGUCUCUCUUGCCAUAUCUUACCAAAUCUGUGUCUGAGUUUACAAAUGGUAAUAGCAUUCCAGGUAUGGACAGUGGAAGAAAGGAUCCUGUUCCCAGUGGAAGUUAUGGUGCAAUAAAACCCAACAAUGAUCACACUGUGAAUGAGGAUUCAGAUGAAGCACUGAAGAAAUUGCUGGGAAUUCAGUCCAAUGGUAGAAACAGUGAUGGAAACACAGAUUUAAAACAGUGUAAUCUCAAGAGUGGAGAAAGUGAACAAAAAGACAACCUUAAUAAUUGGGGUUUACUUUCAGAUGAACCCCAGAAAAACUCAAGUGUUAAAAAAUUUCCUUCCAUGUCAAUACAUUCCCGACCAUUUAACCAAGAACCUGUCUCAAAUUCUAGUCAAGUUAGCAAUGCAGCCGGAAAAUCUGGAACUCGGUCUGGAGUGGAAAUAAGGCAGCCAUCUGGAUCUCCCUCUGCAGUUGGUCCAACCGAGAGAAAUGAAACUCCAAAUGAACGUCAUAGUGCUGUUAAUGUGGGCCAGAGGCCCCAGGACACUAGUUCUAGAAACCAACCCAUUUACAGCAUUCUGCUAUGACACAAACAGUAUAAACUGUUAUGAAGAAUUUAAAUUGUUAUUUUGUGUUUUGAUCCCAUUUCUGUUACAUUUAAGUACACAUUGCAAAUUUGGUUGUGAAAAGGGUUACUGUUUUGGAAUUAACUAACUGCAGAAAUAUAUGAUAGUUGGCCCUCUAAAGGACUACUACAAUUUUUAUUACUGAUCUCAAUGGUGCAAUAUGAGAUGUUAACAUUGCAUGGAUUUUUUCAUACUUCUUAUAUUCUUUUUAAAUAGAAGGUGGAGGUAGUCAUGUUGUUGUGCCUUUCACAAGAUGGUACUAUUUACUACCUGUAUAUAGAGGGUCCAUUUUUAAUUAGUAUGUGACGCAUAAAGAUGUGUUUGUCAUUAAUUUGCUUUUUGAUAUCUUUAUACUUUGUUGGUUGUAUUUUAACUAGAGUGGUUUUUUUUAAUGAACUUUUGAACUCCUGGUAUUUAUAAAUGCCUGUAUACAUCAGUCAUGUGUAUAUGGUGCAGUGCACUUUAUCGUUCUAGAUUCUAUAUUUGUACGAGUCAAGUUCACAAUUACAGUCCAUUUUUUGCAUAAUUCACGUGAACUACUUCAGAUAUGUCAAAGGCAUGCAUACUGUGAAAAAAUCAUUGAGUUUUGAUCUUUAUAAAAUGAGAAUAAUUAUCUAGGCAUUUAUAUCCAUUAUUAGCAAAAAAAUCCCCCCCCCCCUCAUUAAAUAUUAUUUUUUAUAUUUUAAUUUGUUUUGUUGCAUAAAUGGAAGUAAAGAACCAUGUUUGAUAGCAGCCUUUUUGUAUGCCCAUCAGAUUUAAAAUUUCAAUUGAAUCUUUAAAGGAAGAAUGAAUCCUAUUUUAUUUCAUAAUACAGUUUCACUUCAUUAUUCUUUUAUAUUUACUUUUAUUUUAGGAGUACAUCAAAAUAGCAGGAAUAUUGUAUAUAUGUCAUAAUUCUGAUUCUACGUCAUUUUAUCAAAUUGACAAUAGCAACGGUGUUGCAUGGAAUUCUUGCCGUAAAUGCACAAAAUUUUGAAACAAUAGUGCAAAUAUCAAUUUUGAUGGUCAUAUAGAGCCAUUAUGAUAUGUAGUCCUUUGUAAUAUUGCAUCGUUAACAAACUGUAUUAGUAAUUGAUAGUUAUGUAUUAGUCUUAUUACUAGUUGAAUAGAGCUGUCUUAUUUGAAUGUAUUUAUAGGGUAUUUCUAAAAGUAUUAUUGCAAAACAAGAGAUUUUAAUAUAUAUUCACUAUGUUCGAGACUUAGAGUCAGUAUUGUUGAAGCAUGGGGCUUGUAGAAUAAUAUGUUUUAAAUGGUUUUAUGUAUGUAAUAAGUGCUUUGCUUUUUGUUUUAUAUGCUUGUGUGUGUCAUAAUGUGACUUGUGAAUUAUUGCUAGAUGUGGUGAAGGGUAAAUACAGUUACUCCAGAUUAUUCUAGUUACAUACAUUGUAAUGUAAUAAUGAAUAGUUACAUACAUUGUAAUGUAAUAAUGAAUAGUUACAUACAUUGUGAUGUAACAAUGAAUUAAUUAUAGUUACAUCACAAUGUAAUAACGAAUUAGUUAUAGACAUGCAAUGUAUGUAAUUGUGAAUUCAUUGUAAUAGUUACAUGUACAUGCAUGCACUAUAAUGUAAUAAUGAAAGAAGGAGUAUUUUUUCUUAAUCUUGUUUUACGAGCAUUGUCUUUGCUGUACCCAAACAUAAAGAAAUGCACAUAGAAUUUCUGACACUUGUUAAUUCGGUAACUUUACUGUAAGCAAUUUUGAUCUGUCUUUAUAUAGUAAUUGUUAAAUGUUUACAUUUGAUGUUACUGUAGUGAGUAUUUGAAUGUAGUACUUUGAAGUUCUGCAUGUCACAAGUUUCACUGUUUAUAAUCCAUAUUCUGAUGCUUUGUGGGAUAUUGUACAAAUCUACCUAAUUCUGUUGCUGAAAACACUGUUAAAGUCCACAGGUGCCUGAUCAAUGGAUUGUGUAUUAGAAUCUUAUUUUACGAUACAAAAUACGAAUAAUUUUAUGAUAUAGACUAAUAGUAGACGUCAAUGGUUUAAAUAAUUAAAGAAUUCAAAAUAUGAAUUGUUCAAAGAAAGGAAAACCACAUGUUAUAUUUAAAGUCUUGAUCUCUAGCAUUGGUUUUGUUUGGGGAAGAUAUGAAAUGAGGAGGUGGUGAAUGAAGCAGUGGUCAGGUGCUUGUGGUCAAGUCAAUGUGGGACUUACUUUUAAGAACUGUUGAAAUGAUUGGUGGAUAGCAAUCAUUUUAGUUUAACUGGGCUGUAUAGGUAUAAGUAAACUUUUCUGAUCAGAGUUUGUCUGGAAUAUAUUUCUCGUCAUUGUUAUCAUUCAAAUUUUUCACAUUUUUGACUUCUUGACUAGAUUAAUAGGGUCAAUUCCAGCCAAACUUGCCAGAUUCAUAGGGUGAAUUCUAGCCAAACUUGACACAAAUUACCCUUGAGUAAUGGAGUGAUACCUUCUAAGGGGAGACGAGAAAUAUCUAGGAUUAAUAUAAAUGUUUCAGAAACCUAAAAAAAAAAAAUAAAAAAAAAGAACACUUGAAUUGGAAAGCAAUAACUUUCAAUGAUAUUCCCUUAAAUAGUGAAAAUUCUAUUAUUAUUCAAGCUUCUGCAACCAAUGUGGGGCCAUCUUGGGGAUUUGAUUUUGUAUAUAAAAUUUAGAUUGCAAGUGUUCAAUAUGUCAAAUAGAUACCUUAAUAAUAAUAAUAGCCUUUAUUUAUCCAGAAUAACACUAAUUAGCAUGUAGCUAGUUUUCAUGGCAGUCCUUCUCAUACCACAUAGAUUAUAUCCUGUUUAAACUUGAUGCAUCCAACUUCAGCAGGCAGAGGUUGGAGCCACUGUAAACCAGUAGAGGUUAUACAGAGAUAUUCUUCAGAAAUUUAUUCAUCAACAACAAGCAAUUUUAGGUAGAAUAGGUGCAUAAUUUAUAAAAAGACCAGAGUGUGAGUGAGCCUACCAUGAGUUUAGAAUCUUUUUGGUAGAACAAAAUACUUUUUAUAUUGAAUUUUCUAAUAGCCGAGUGUCUUCACUUACCGUUUGGUCACAUCUGGACUAUAGUACUUAAGUGUCAUAUAUAGUUGGCAAAUUGACACAGGUGAGCAUUGUGGCCCAUGGGCCUCUUGUUUUUUUAAGCAUGUAAAUUCUCUAUCAUUAUGAAUUCCAUGUUAAUGGUUGUGUCCAAAAAAUCUGUGAUAGGUGACCAACUUUUUGUUUUUCCAAAUUGCAUUCCAGCUGUCGGUAUCUCCUGUUUAUUUUGUGUAACGAGGUAUUUUACUCUUUAACAGAAAGUUUAUUAUUUGUGUAAGUUUAUACAUGCAUGAAGAAAUUGAAAUAAAAAGUCCAUUGCCUUUAA